CUGGCUAGAAUGUUGUUUUCCACAACUCCUGCGGUUUCCCUGUAAUCGCCCUCCAAGGCCGUAGGAUUUCUCUCAGCAGCGGCGGUCGCACCCUGGCAGGUUGUAAUGUCCACAAGCGGGGGGGAUUCAGAAUACUCGACCCCCCUUCAGAGCCACCGAGCUUCACGACAGCUUGCCUCCCCGACCUCCUAUACAUCCGUCUAUUACUCCACCACGGAGCUACAUGACCCCGGCGAAUCCUCUGACAUGGAUGCCGAGCUCAUAGCGGACCAUCAUGACAUAGCCAUGGAUGACCUUAACGGCCAGCCGCUCAAUGAUACACGGAAGACUCCCCUUCAUCCUGACCUGUACCUGGAAGAUGGAGUCUCCAGCAUUGACUACGUUUUGGUCUCCAAGGAAAUCGAGACGGAAGACCAGUCGGAGAACGAGGAGCGACGGGAAACCUUCGAGAACAAUCUGAGAAAGGAAGGUUUAGUCUUGGAAGUCGAUUGCGUGAAUUCCUGGGUAACGAUGUAUUUGUCAAAAUUCAUGCUCCCUUUGAGGUUUGCACAAGAUAUGCUGAGAUCCUAA